AUGGAGCACAAUCACAUCUACAACACUUCUCUUCUGUCUCACAAGUACGGCUGUGGCUUGGGAUAUGUACCUGUUAUAUACUACAGUAUCCUGCUUUGCCUAGGACUGCCAGCAAAUAUCUUGACAGUGAUCAUCCUGUCACAGUUGGUGGCCCGCAGACAAAAAUCCUCGUACAACUAUCUCCUAGCUUUGGCUGCUGCAGACAUCAUGGUCCUGUUCUUCAUUGUAUUUGUUGACUUCCUGCUGGAAGACUUCAUUCUUAACAAGCAGAUGCCUCAAAUGUUGGAUAAAAUAAUUGAAGUCUUGGAGUUUUCUUCCAUCCAUACUUCUAUCUGGAUCACCGUUCCAUUAACAAUCGAUAGAUACAUAGCAGUGUGCCACCCUCUUACAUAUCAUACAGUGUCUUUCCCGGCCCGUACAAGGAAAGUCAUUGUAAGUGUGUACAUCACUUGCUUUUUGACUAGCAUCCCAUACUACUGGUGGCCAAACAUUUGGAUUGAGGAUUACACAAGCACAUCAGUACACCAUAUCCUCAUCUGGAUCCAUUGCUUUACAGUUUACUUAGUCCCCUGUUCCAUUUUCUUUGUUCUAAAUUCAAUUAUAGUCUACAAGCUGCAGCGGAAAAGCAAUUUUCGAUUGAGAGGAUACUCAACAGGGAAAACUACCGCCAUUUUGUUUUCAAUUACAUCAAUCUUUGCCAUUCUUUGGGCGCCUAGAAUAAUUAUGAUACUCUACCAUCUUUAUGUGUCCCCAAUACAUAACAGCUGGUUGGUGCACAUUGUAACGGACAUUGCUAACAUGUUGGCACUGUUAAACACUGCAAUUAAUUUCUUCCUCUACUGUUUUAUUAGUAAACGAUUUCGCACAAUGGCAGCUGGGACACUGAAGGCGUUUUUCAAGUGCCAGAAACAACCUGUUCAGUUUUAUACAAACUACAACUUUUCUAUAACCAGCAGCCCCUGGAUUUCACCUGCUAAUUCACACUGUAUUAAAAUGUUUGUUUAUCAAUAUGAUAAGAAUGGGAAGCCAUUAAAAAUAUCCCCGUGA